AUGCUGUCAAUAGAUAUCCAGCAGAAUGAUUACAAAACACUAACUCAAACCUAUAUGGAGUUUUUCAACUCUAAACAAUUUGCAAACUUUCUAAAUACAACGCAAACAGGUUCAGCACAUUCAUCAUCAGGCAUUGAUUUCUCCGUGUUUAUAAAGACAUUAUUCACUUCCAUAUGUUUCUGCACCAUCCAACUAACAUUAUUUUGCUUAAUACGAUCAGUGUUUAAUUCUCUUUACCAGCCACGAUGUUUUUGCGUCCCCGUUAAUGAAAGGAUGGAAGUGUUGCCCAGAGGGUUCAUGAAGUGGGUGGUGCCAACGUUGAAAAGUAGUAUAAACACAUAUUUGUCAUUAGGGUUGGAUGCAUACUUCUUCAUCAGGUUCAUUUCGGUAUUGUCACUAUUUUUCCUCUUUGUUGGGUCAUUGAAUAUGAUCAUUUUGAUUCCAAUAAACUUCACCAGUGGUGAUGCCAAAUACACCGCAUCUGGAUUGGACAAGUUAAGUCUUUCCAACAUCUCACUGUCUAACGUUACUCGAUUGAAUGCUCAUUUCAUUAUGGGCUUAUUUACUAUUGCGUUGUUCCACUGGUUGAUCAUAUACGAGUUUCAAAGCUUUGUCACCAUUAGACAAUCUUAUUUAUUGUCUGAGUCGCACCGCAAUUCAAUCAUGGCACGAACUCUAUUGAUCUUCAAUGUUCCGCCAUAUUUGCAAGAUAAAGGUAUCCUUAAAGACUUGUUUCAACAUGUCCCAGGUGGAGUUAGAAAUAUCUGGCAUUUGUACAAUUUUGAAACAAUAGAUCAUCAAGUGAGGAAAGCCCGUGAUGCAUUAAUGUACUUGGAAAUGUCGCAGAUGUUGACAAUGACAAAGUAUUACCGUUUAACUUGGUUAAAACUGAAUAUCGAUGCUGCAAAGUUUCUCCUGCAAACAGAUAUCAAGUUUUACCCCCCUGUUUAUUGCAACUUGAUCACAAUACAUCAAAUAGAUCGAUGCAUUCGAUUCAAGUUCCCCGGUUGGAUCAGAGUGUUUGCUUUGCAAAAAAGGGUCUCCAUGUUAACGUGGUCGCUAGAAACAUUGACGGAAUGCCAGGCUAUAAUCGACGAGGAGAACUCAAAACUCGUCAACAACGAUUUGACCAAACACAACAAGGUAUUUGUUGAAUUUGAAGACCAACGAGGCGCAUGCAUUGCUCACCAAGCUCUUCUCUCACAAAGCCAAGGAUGUUUAGACAAGACAUUGAUUGAGGUUCAUCCCGAUGAUGUCAUAUGGGGGAACAUAUCACGAACCGACGGCAUCGCCUGCAAGUUUGAAAAGUACUUGGUGACUUUGAUAUUCAUCACUGUUGUCAUAUUGUAUGUGGUGCCAGUAUCACUAAUUGGUCUAGUCUCACAAAUACCCACGCUCACCAAGCUUAUGCCUUGCCUUAACUGGGUCUAUCAACUUCCUGAAGAGGCCAGAGAAACAAUAUCGGGGUUCCUCCCAUCGAUCCUUCUCACAGUACUCACCGAAAUCGUCAUGAUGCUUUUCAGAUUCCUAUCAUACUUCAAAGGAAAAGCAACAGGAAGUGAGAUUGAAAUGGAUUUGCAACGUUGGUAUUUUGCAUUUUUGUUUGUUCAGCAGUUCCUUGUUGUCACCAUUCUGUCAAGUGUAACCGUCAUUUGCAGACAAAUCAUUGACCAGCCCACUUCCAUACCAGUCUUGCUAGCAACAAACUUGCCCAAAUCGGCCACAUUCUUUUUCCAAUACAUUUGUCUCCGUGCUUUUGCCCUUUGUGGCAACAGUUUUCUAAGAAUAAAACAGUUGAUGUUGACAAACACCUGGUACAAGUGGAUUGAUGUAACACCGCGACAAAAAUUCACUAGAAUCACCACUCUUCCUGAAAUCAAAUGGGGAACCACCUUUGCAGUGUAUUCGAUUUAUGCUUGCAUUGGCAUCUCAUAUUCGAUUAUAUCGCCACUCAUCUCCAUAUUCAUCAUCUUUUUCCUUAACUUGUCAAUAUUGUACUUCAAGUACGCAUUGAAGUACGUAUUUAGCCAUAUUAACCGUUCCGAAACCAUGGGGAGAUUAUACCCGAGCGCAUUGUUGCAUUUGUAUGUUGGAAUAUACUGUCUAGAGUGUUGCUUAAUCGGCGUAUUUUUCGUUCUGAAAGAUUCACGAGGUUCAUAUCCCAUGAAGUACCAAGGACUCGCAAUGACAUGGGUGUUGUUCUUUACGGUUUUUGCAAACACAUUGAUUUAUAAUCGGUACAUCCCUUAUUUCUCCAAUUUGCCAAUACUCUCUGAUAAAAUAUACAAGGAUGAUCAAAAAGGCAAAGAUUCAGCAACGAGUACCAGGAUUGAUACUAACCACGACAUGUUGUAUUUACACCCUGCAUUUAAAUACGAGCCUCCAAAAAUUUGGUUGCCAAAAGAUCCGGACAGUUUUAGUGACUUGCAACUUGAGCAAAUUCAGUCGAGAAUGACAACAACCUUAGAAGGGCAAACAGAAGGUGCGUAUACAUCAUUAGGUAGACUAUUGAGCUUAAAGGUUGUCGUUUCAGAUGCCCCACCAGAUUACAAGUGA